AUUAUCAAAUGGCUAUACCAACUCUCUCAUCGGCGAUGUUAAAAAUUGCAAAUAUUGAGGAAACAACGGAUGUUAAGUUAGAAGUAAUAAAAUCAAAGUUAUAUAAAAUUUUACAAGAUAAAGAUGUAUUAGAUAUAUAG